AUGGAGGCAAACAGGAGUUUUGGGUUUGAGAACUGGAGUGAAUGCGGUGUUCUUUGGGACUUACCAACAGGAAUGCCGCCUCAUUCGAAUAUCACUAUCCCCGCAUGGAAAUUUGUGGAGCUGCAUUCUUUCUUGCUGGAUGAUGGCCAGCUUUUAUUCAGCAAAAGGGGCUUUGGAAAAGCCGGAAAGAUAAAGUCCGCGGCUGUAAAAGGGAAGAAGAUUACUGGUGGUGGGAAAAGUAAAGGCGGGGAAAACCCUAGUUUGGGUGUAGCAACUUCGCAAAUUGUGGUUGAGAAGAAUGCUUCCUUGACGUCGUGUUUAUCAUCCAAGGAGAAGGAUACAAUCGUUGUUGAUGUUCAAGAACCCAAGGGAACUCAGACUGUGGAGGAGGCUGCACCGCCACAUGAGGUUUUUCCGCAGGGUGUUACUAAGCAUGUUGCGACUCUGCAGGGUGCGACUUUGCAUCUUGCGACUCCAGAAGUAGUGACUUCGCUGGCUAAGGACAACCGAUUCUCAGUUCUUGCGUUUACAAAGGUGGAGGAUGAGAAGGAAUCUGACGUAAAUGAUGUUGAAAUUGGGGAAAUUCCGCAGGUGGAAAUUCCACAAGCCGCGACUACGUUGGUGGAGACUCCGCAGGAUGUGACUGUACCGAUAGCAACUCCGGCACUUGUGAUUUCACCGGCUAAAGACAAUCGAUUCUCUGUUCUUACCUCCAUUACAGAGGUUGAGAAUGAAAAGGAAUCAGCAGAAGAUGAUGUCGAGAAUAUGUUUACGGAAGAAUCUCCGAGUGGGAAGAAUAAGGAAGACGAUGUUGCGAUAAUUGAGGCUGAAACCCUAGCUCUACCCAUUCAAAUUCGAAACCCGUCUCAGAUUGAAAUGCAUUUAGAUGACAGUUGUAUUGGAAGGCGAAGUGAGUCUAAUGAAGUCUUGGUUUCUGAGAAUAGUGAUGAUGAUCGAUGGUUUGAUGGAGAUAGAUGUGAUCUUGAGGAAGAUGAUGCAGCGCAAGGGAAUGCAUCUGUUUCCAAAAAAAGAGGUCGCAAAAAGAAGUAG